GCUGGGCAGGACAUGGGCAUAAAUAGCGCGGAGCGGGCGCCCAGGGCAGCGCAGAGUCAUGUUGUCCGGCCGCAGCGACGGGCCCCGCCGGGGCCGCUCCUUCGACUCUAUGAGCCCCUCACACUUCGCGGAGAACCAGCUCAACAACGAGUUAAAUAAGUCAAAUUACAUGGUGGUUGAAGACAAUAAAGAGAACAAAGACAAUUCAUCUGAAAGAGGUAGAGCAGCCAUCAUUUUUUCCUUAAAGAAUGAAGUUGGAGGACUUGUAAAGGCCCUAAAACUCUUUCAGGAGAAACACGUGAAUCUGGUUCACAUAGAGUCUCGAAAGUCAAGGCAAAGAAAUUCAGAGUUUGAGAUCUUUGUGGACUGUGAUAGUAACAGGGAACAGCUGAAUGAAAUUCUCCACCUCCUGAAAUCCCAUGUUAAUGUUGUGUCUAUGAAUCCCACAGAUGGCUUCACUGUUCAGGAGGAUGACAUGGAGAAUAUCCCCUGGUUUCCUAAGAAGAUCUCAGAUUUGGAUAAAUGUGCAAACCGCGUUCUGAUGUAUGGGUCUGAUUUGGAUGCUGACCACCCAGGUUUCAAAGACAAUGUGUAUCGUAAGAGGCGAAAGUAUUUUGCAGACCUGGCUAUGAAAUACAAACAUGGUGACCCAAUUCCCAAGAUUGAAUUCACUGAGGAGGAGAUCAAGACUUGGGGCACUGUUUUCCGAGAGCUUAACAAGCUCUACCCAACCCAUGCCUGCAGAGAGUACCUUAAAAACUUACCCUUACUCACCAAGUACUGUGGGUACAGAGAAGACAAUAUCCCUCAGCUGGAAGAUGUAUCCCGCUUCCUGAAAGAACGCACAGGUUUCACCAUCCGUCCUGUUGCUGGAUAUCUGUCACCCAGAGAUUUCUUGGCAGGCUUGGCAUUCAGAGUCUUCCACUGCACUCAAUACGUUAGACACAGCUCAGACCCUCUGUACACCCCAGAGCCCGAUACCUGUCAUGAGCUUCUAGGUCAUGUCCCGCUUUUGGCUGAACCCAGUUUUGCUCAGUUCUCCCAGGAAAUUGGUCUGGCAUCACUUGGGGCAUCAGAUGAAGCUGUUCAGAAACUGGCAACAUGUUACUUCUUCACUGUAGAGUUUGGUUUGUGCAAGCAAGAUGGACGGCUAAGAGUCUAUGGAGCUGGUUUGCUCUCUUCUAUCAGUGAACUCAAGCAUGCACUCUCUGGCAAUGCUAAAGUCAAGCCCUUUGAUCCAAAGGCCACCAGCAAGCAAGAAUGCCUCAUUACCACUUUCCAGGAAGUCUACUUUGUUUCUGAAAGUUUUGAAGAAGCAAAAGAAAAGAUGAGGGAAUUCGCAAAAACCAUCAAGCGCCCAUUUGGGGUGAAGUAUAACCCAUAUAUACAAAGCAUACAGAUCCUGAAGGACACCAAGAGCAUCGCUAGUGUGGUGAAUGAGCUACGCCAUGACUUGGAUCUUGUUAGUGAUGCCCUUAAUAAGAUGGGCAAACAGCUGGAAGUUUAAGUCAAUGUAUUGCUGUCAACCUGUCACGUUCAGUAAUUCUGUCUGGGGUUUUUUGGUCUUAUUAUAGGCACAAAACUAUUGUAAGCACAGUACAUAUAACCCUCUUCUCUUACAAUUUGAAAAAUCAAUGACUGAUAGGAACAAUUCCUUGAACUUAAUACUUUGUGAUCCUCCAUAUAAAUAUCAUCGGGAAAGAAACAAGAUGGAUUCAUCCUUGGAAAGCUUGGAGUAGGAACAUUAGAAAUAAUCAGGAUAGAUAGAUCACUGGGCCAAGUACUCCAGUAUCUUUGAGGCAGCUGGUGCUGUCACAGAUGUGGAAAAUAAAACAGGAAAUUAUGGGAUAAUUCCCCAGGAAACUUUUUCCUCUUACCCCCUUCCACCCCAUCUCAGUACUCAAAGGUUUGCUUAUAACCUGAGUCAUCAUGACAAUCCAGACCCAAAAUUGCUAAAAGAAUAGUGUAACGAAGGGUAGACAAAAGGGGCAUCUGCCUUCCGUUCCGAGUUGAGAAGGCCACCGGAACUGCCUCCUAUCCCCAUGGAGUCUGUGCCCCAGUGGCCAGAGCCAACCCAUGGCUUAUUAAGCCUCUGUGCUAAAAGCUCAUCAGGAAGAAGUUGCAGUGUUUCAGACUUCCCUUUCAUUGGCUGUGGUUGCACCAAAACAAUAUUGCUGGUUUGGUAAACUUAUGUGAUUGGUAAGCAUAGUGAUUUGGUACCCAUUUUAUUACACCCUCAGACUUGUAGUGGACAACUGUGCAGUGUGAAAUCCUGGACCUAUGGUCACCCUAGGCACAACUUCUGAAGGCAGGCAGUAGUGGAAAUGCCACCUGCCUCUUCUGGAAUAAGUCCCACCAAAUUGUAGCUAGCUUUGUAGUUGCGGGAAGAUAUAGUUACACCUACCUACCUACCUACCCGUUACAACUGGAAAUGACUUUUUCAAUAUCCAGCACACCUUCUUCCACGUGAAGCCAAGUUAUUAAAUAACAGCCACAUUACAGGCAAUUAUCUAGUACCACUGUGCAUAGAGAAUAAGUGUCUCCAACUGCUCAGCCAUGUAACUGAUCUUUUCAAGAAGCAUAAAGUUCUGUCCCUGUUCUCUUUAUGUCCCAUUAAACCUCUGGGAAUGGGAGGGUUAUAAGCAUUUGGUAGAAUGAGGUCCUAAGCCUUUGCAGCUGAAGGGUAUGUAUUCUAAUAUGCUUUAGCAUAAAAGAACUGUUAACCCCUAGAGAGUAUUCUGCUGAUGCGGAAGGCAGUAUCGGGUUGAAAUGGCAACACGAAGAAACAGUGAGGUCGUUGAACUUGUGUGCAGUCAAAGCAGCCUGUACAUUUGCACUGGGUCACCCAGGCACAGUACCUAAAGUGAAAAUCUAUUGAUGAAAUAAGUAAAUUAAGAGGACAUUACACACAUUAGUAGGAAAUCCCUGAAAUGCACAGCCUCUUUAUUAGCAUGCUUGGAAAUGAGUCAUUGCUACAAAUGCCUGGGGAAUCCAGACAACAGUUGUAGUUGCAAAAGUCUGUAAAUUCACUGGAAUAGUGGAGUGAAAUUGACUUCAAUGAAAUUGCCUUUGAUUCCCAGAAACAGGUUUAAGUGGGACAUAAAUGCUGUGUGGGCCUUGUGCUAUAGACCAUAUCUGCUCAUAAGUACGGAACAGCCUAAAAAUUCCCAAGAGACCCAAUUUUAAAUAUUUUUACCUUUUUAAUAAUAUCCAUGUGACUUGGUUUUUAUACCAUUUUAGUUAGUACAUUUACUUUUAUAAUUUUUUUUUCUUUUUAAUGUAGGACCAUAGUUUUGCUACAAUUAGUCUGACUUAAAUUACACUUUUAAAUAGUCUUCAGGAGUUUCACAUCUUUGAAGAAAAAUCAACUUGGUUUAAACAGGUGAUGUGUGUGGGUAUAUGUUAUCUGCUUAUGCAAUAAUGUUUUGUGCUUACCUUUUUGGUAAAAGCAGUUUGGAUUAUUGUAUGUUUUAAACACAGAAGAUAAAAUGUUUCUUCAAAUUGUCUAUCUGUAUUAUAUAUGGAUUUUCAAGUAGAAAACAGCAUACUGAAUUCCUACUAGCAUCUAGGUCUGUAGUCCUCAACAUUUUUAGACUCGGGCCAUCCUUCAGAAAAUGCUUGUUUCUUGACUCUGGUAAAAGACUACGGCAAUUCUUUUGUUGCAAAGACCUCCACAUAGACCAUAGUAGGUCAGAAUGUUUUUGACACUAUUGAUUCCUGCUUGAAGUCUUUGGGUUGACCUUGUGAAUUAUAUGGAGGUAUUUACAUACCCCACAAUAUUGCACAUCACCCUUAAAAACAUCUCAUGGCACCCUGGUUGAGAAUUGCUGACCUAGGUUUAAAAAAUUCUGAAAGAAUGUCAUUGUUCCUACAUUUUAUGAUUGUUUUGUUGCAAAUACAGGAAACAAAAUGUUAUUGGUAAUACAUUUAAUAUAUAAUAUGUUUUCUGGUUCUAAUGGCAUUAUCUGGUUUCACUAUGUCUAAACCUGCUAUGUAGAACAGUAAUAACAUAAUUAAAUAUUUUUAAAUAC